AUGUGCGUUGCCGAUUUUGGGAUGGCAGAGAAGAUCGUUUAUUACGGUUCUAGCGAUGUGUCCUUUGGGACCCAAAAUAGAGAGCGGCCGAACCUCUCUACGUCAUCACAACCAAACAUACCAAAACUGGACUCGGUUAUUGACAACAAAGUUCCUUCGGAGUCGCUGUUUUCACGGUCCGCGUUUGCACAGUUUCUUCUUGACAAACAUUGUUUAGAGAACCUGGAGUUCUACCAAACACUGAAGAUAUUCAUAGAUAAUCAUAGAGACGAUGUCAAGGUCUGGAGAAUACUGUACGAAGAGUAUUUCGAAAUCAACGCAUCCAGUGAAAUAAACCUUCCAGGAGACCUCAAAGCCGGCCUUGUUGCCUCUGAGAUCCCGGACAUAGAGCUAUUACAACGCUUUUUGGCUCUCACCAAGCACUAUUUACACGACUCUUACCAGGAGUUCACGAGAGAAGUUCUCACCAAAAUGUUUGUUACUGUCGAGUCUUCGUCGGAAGACGACUGUUCAGAAAGAGAGGACGUUGACCAGUCGAGCGCGAAACCAAGUCGAAACAUGAGCUUUUCAUCGACUUCUUCAGCUAAAAGUGGCUCCGGCUCAGGCUCUUCUUGGGCCAAGUGGGGCAAGAAAUUCCGCUGGCGUAGGAGCUUUUCUGUUUCGGACUAG